CAGGGUAAACUACUGAGACCCCCGCCUCUUAUUAAACUUAUUAAUGGCCAAGUUCUACCCUGGCAAAGAACUUCCUUUAGGUGACCUGUCCAUAUUUAGCUUAUUAUGGCUGCCCCCCCCCCAUAAGAAGCAUUACAUAUUAAAGCUAAGCACAGCUACAUUACGUUCCAGGUCUCUUUUGUAAAUGCAAACCAUAUAAGGCUUCACAACCUCAAACAGGCGCCAGGGAAGGUCCGCAGUGGCCCGCCCUGCAGGUCUCCAUUAGACCUGGCUGCUGUGAGCACAGGUCACCGCGAGCCCUCGGGCGGCCCCAAGAGAGCGGCCAGGUCUCCGCCGAGCCGUUUCCUAAGUCCGCGGGCGGGCAGUGACUCGGCACCGCCCAGGGCGUCAGCGUGACCCGAGGCUCAGUGAACCCUGAACUCACCGCCCCAGCCAGCUGCACAGACCCGGGCAGGCGCUUGCUCGCGCACGGGGGUGGGGCUUUUUCAGGCUGCUGACUAAGAUGGUGUCGGCUGGACUUCCCGGGACCGCCGCCUAAUGGGAUCGAGGGCCAGCAACCGGAGGGGCCGCCGAGCCCAUUGGCCCGCCCGGACAGGACCGAGCGGAGCCCGCAAGUUCCAGACUCGAAGGACCGAUCGAAGCACAGCCGAGUCCGCCGUGGGACCCUAAGCAGUGUUCAAGAGAACGCCGAAAGCGCGGGGAGGCGGGCCUGACGCCCUGUCACCAUCUCGCGACAGCCCAGUGACGUCGCACAGCAAGCGCGUGUUCUGGGCUUUCACCUUCAGACGCCGCAGUUCACGGGCCGGCUCCUUUAAGUAAGUGAUGGACAGCGCUUCUACCCUAUCGGGGCCCUCGCCAACAGCCAAUCAGAUUUAAACUUCCUUCAGCCGCCGGAGAAGUUGGAAGACUGGGGUCGCCAGAGAGCGAGAGAAGGAGCGAGGGAGCUCUUUUGUCUCUCGCGAGAUCGGGGAGAGCCAAGUUCUCAGGGGAAAAAAAAAAAACAACAACAAAAAAAAACCCAAAACGCCAGGACUGAUGUCCAGACUUCCCGUGUAGUGGCUUAAAGGACGUGGUCGCAAGCCAAUGAGAGGGAAGAGAAGGUGGGCUCGCUGCGUUCGCCGUGCUAGAAGUACCGUUACAGGGCAGACUUUCGGUCCAAUCAACGCCUCCAGGCUUUGGGUCAGGUGACCAUGAAGUGCGAGGGGCGGAGCCACGGCCUGGCGCGAGGAACCGUUAAGAUAGACAACGAAUAUAACCAAUGAGGUACUCCGACUCGGGCGUUGGGAACCCAAUAACAGCGUCGAGGCGGGCGCCUUCCCGGAGCGCGGGGAGAUGUAAAGACGGACAAAUAGUUUUUCCAAUGAGAAGGCUGACGAGUGAGUUAAAGGACCAAUGAGGUCUGCGGGGCGGGAGCCUUUGCCGCGGCGGAGUCCAAGAUGGCGGCGUGCGAGUCCGCUGUGUGAAACGAGCGCGGGGUGGCGGGUUAGUCAGCUCCGCAGAGACGACCUCCGGCGACCCUCCACCAUGAAAGGGAAGGAGCGCUCGCCGGUCAAGCCCAAGCGCUCCCGCGGCGGCGAGGACUCCAGUUCUCGCGGAGAACGGAGCAAGAAGUUAGGGGGCUCUGGCGGCAGCAAUGGGAGCAGCAGCGGGAAGGCGGACGGCGGCGGGUCGCGGCGGAGCCUCCACCUGGACAAGUCCAGCAGCCGAGGCGGCAGCCGCGAGUAUGACACCGGCGGGGGCAGCUCCAGCAGCCGCUUGCACAGUUACAGCUCCCCCAGCACCAAAAAUUCCUCCGGCGGGGGCGAGUCGCGCAGCAGCUCCCGGGGUGGAGGCGGGGAGUCACGUUCCUCCGGGGCCGCCUCCUCCGCGCCCGGCGGCGGGGACGGCGUGGAGUACAAGACGCUGAAGAUCAGCGAGCUGGGGUCGCAGCUGAGCGACGAGGCGGUGGAGGACGGUCUGUUCCACGAGUUCAAGCGCUUCGGUGAUGUAAGUGUCAAGAUCAGCCACCUCUCGGGUUCUGGCAGCGGGGAUGAGCGGGUGGCCUUUGUGAACUUCCGGAGGGCCGAGGACGCGAGGGCGGCCAAGCAUGCCCGAGGCCGCCUGGUGCUCUACGACCGGCCUCUGAAGAUAGAAGCCGUGUACGUGAGCCGGCGCCGCAGCCGCUCCCCGUUAGACAAAGAUCCCUACCCGCCGUCGUCCAGCGUGGUGGGAAGCUCCGUGGGGAGCCACCGGCACGCCCCUGGAGGAGGCGGCGGUCAGAGGUCACUUUCCCCUGGCGGGGCCGCGCUGGGAUACAGAGACUACCGGUUGCAGCAGUUGGCUCUAGGCCGCCUGCCCCCUCCACCCCCACCCCCAUUGCCCCGAGAGCUGGAAAGAGAACGAGACUACCCAUUCUAUGACCGAGUGCGCCCAGCGUACAGUCUGGAGCCCAGGGUGGGAGCUGGAGCGGGGGCCGCUCCUUUCCGAGAAGUGGAUGAGAUCUCACCCGAGGACGAUCAGCGUGCCAACCGGACACUUUUCCUGGGCAACUUAGACAUCACUGUGACAGAAAAUGAUCUAAGAAGGGCUUUUGAUCGUUUCGGAGUCAUCACAGAAGUGGACAUUAAGAGGCCUUCUCGGGGCCAGACCAGUACCUAUGGUUUUCUUAAAUUUGAGAAUCUAGACAUGUCUCACAGGGCUAAACUAGCAAUGUCUGGCAAAAUUAUAAUUCGGAAUCCAAUCAAGAUUGGUUAUGGUAAAGCUACACCCACUACCCGACUUUGGGUGGGUGGCCUGGGACCUUGGGUGCCUCUUGCUGCCCUGGCACGAGAAUUUGAUCGAUUUGGCACCAUACGAACCAUAGACUACCGAAAAGGUGAUAGUUGGGCCUAUAUACAGUAUGAAAGCUUGGAUGCAGCUCAUGCUGCUUGGACCCAUAUGCGUGGAUUCCCACUUGGUGGCCCAGAUCGUCGCCUUAGAGUAGACUUUGCAGACACAGAGCACCGUUACCAGCAGCAGUAUCUUCAGCCUCUGCCCUUGACUCAUUAUGAACUAGUGACAGAUACUUUUGGACAUCGAGCACCUGACCCUUUGAGGAGUGCUCGGGAUAGGACACCACCCUUACUAUACAGAGAUCGUGAUAGGGAUCUUUAUACUGAUUCUGAUUGGGUGCCACCCCCACCACCAGUUCGAGAACGCAGUGCUCGUGCUGCAGCUAGUGCUGUGACUGCUUAUGAGCCCCUGGAUAGCUUGGAUCGAAGGAGGGAUGGCUGGUCAUUGGACCGGGACAGAGGUGAUCGGGAUUUACCCAGUAGCAGGGACCAGCCGAGGAAGCGAAGGCUGCCCGAGGAAAGUGGAGGACGGCAUCUGGAUAGAUCACCUGAGAGUGACCGGCCACGAAAACGUCACUGCACUCCUUCUCCUGACCGAAGUCCAGAACUGAGCAGUAACAGAGAUCGCUACAACAGUGACAAUGAUCGAUCAUCCCGUCUUCUUCUUUUGGAAAGGCCUUCUCCAAUCAGAGAUAGACGGGGCAGUUUGGAGAAGAGCCAAAGUGAGAAGCGAGACCGUAAAAACUCUGCAUCAGCUGAAAGGGAUAGAAAGCACCGGACAGCUGCACCCACAGAGGGAAAAAACCCUCUGAAAAAAGAAGAACGGUCUGAUGGUAAUGCACCCAGUACCAGCACUUCUUCAUCAAAGCAGAAACCUCCUUCCCAGAAACAGGAUGGAGGGACAGCUCCUGUGGCAGCAUCCUCUCCCAAACUCUGUUUGGCUUGGCAAGGCAUGCUUCUACUGAAGAACAGCAACUUCCCUUCCAACAUGCAUCUAUUGCAGGGUGACCUCCAAGUUGCUAGCAGUCUGCUUGUGGAGGGUUCAACUGGAGGCAAAGUAGCCCAGCUCAAGAUCACUCAGCGUCUCCGUUUGGACCAGCCCAAGUUGGAUGAAGUAACUCGUCGCAUCAAAGUGGCAGGGCCGAAUGGUUAUGCCAUACUUCUGGCUGUACCUGGAAGUUCUGACAGCCGCUCCUCCUCUUCCUCAGCCACGUCAGACACUGCCACCUCUACUCAGAGGCCACUUAGGAACCUUGUGUCCUAUUUAAAGCAAAAGCAGGCAGCUGGGGUGAUCAGCCUCCCUGUGGGAGGCAACAAAGACAAGGAAAACACGGGGGUUCUUCAUGCCUUCCCACCUUGUGAGUUCUCUCAGCAGUUCCUGGAUUCCCCUGCCAAGGCACUGGCCAAAUCUGAAGAAGAUUACCUGGUCAUGAUCAUUGUCCGUGCAAAACUGGUGAACAGCGGAUGAAGAUACGGAAUUCAAAGCUCUAAUGGACCUUUUUGAAGAGAAGUUGUGGCUUAUGUGGAGUUUACAUGGGCCUCUGAUGGAAGAAAGCUAAUCUGUUUAGUAUUUUGUGCAUUUUACUAAAAUGGCAGCUUAACAUUGUGUAUCUGCUAUUGUGAUGCCAAUGCCGGUGUUUUAAGUGGAAAAAAUGACCUCUUUGCUUUGUGCUGUGUACACAAGAUUUCUGGAAAAGUAAAGAAAAACCCUUUUUAUGGCUCACACAGCUUAAAAGUAGCUGUCACUCAAACAUGGGCUCACAGUUGAGCUGCUUUUGUUUUAUUCUAAAUAAAUUGUUUCUUUUGAGGAAAAUGUUUUUCUGCCUGGAAGUGAAUUGACGGCAAACCUUGACCUCUUUGUUUGCAGCGGAGCGGGUACUUGCUGCUGCUCAGAUCUUGUAUGUCUUGAGCAAGAAGCAGGGAGACCAUCAAUUUCAUUUUGACUAUCACGGUGUGUCAAUUCUGAAGGAUCAUAGUGUUACAGUGACCCCCUUUGUUUGCAGUGAAGGGGAUCCUUUGCUUCUCGGUCCUCAACACGAUGAGGUUGCUGUUUGCUGGCGUGCAAGAAGCCGGGGCAAGCACUCUAAGCCUCACCAAAGUGCACGAGUCGGGGGCUUUGCUGGUUUGAAGAGCCGGAGUUCCUGAAAUUUAAGUUUUGAUUUAUUUUGUUCACCCAUCACGUUUGGCUUUAGUUUCAUUUUUUAAUUUGAAGAAAAGUUUGAAAUUGCAUUCUCUUGCACUUUUAACAUUUGCACCAAAUUGCCAAAAGAAGGAGAAAUGCUCCGGUUGCUUUUUAAAUGUUAAUGAUGGUGUUAAUAAAGCCUUUCCUGACACAUUUGAGGAGCUCCUCCAUCUCCAGGGGCUUCUUACCAGAGUUAUGCAGUGAUGGGUUUAGUUCUGAAUGGAUGAAGAGUUCCUGAGAGCUAGCGUUUGUAAUUAGAACCGUUACUUGGUAUCUGUGCCUUAUUUGACCUGUGGUUCCACAUGCCUUGGAUGUGCAUGCAUCGUGACGGUUUCAUAGGUACGAACGCACACUCAGGCCCAGUCACUCCGGUUGGUAGUACAGAUUGUGAGGAAAAAAAUGGAGGCAUCCUUAAGGAGGAGAAAGUAUUUGCCUUUAGUUCCUGCAUUGUCCUGUACAGGGGCUCUUGAGUUUUGGAAGCCUGUUUCCAGUACAGGAGAAAAAACUUCCCUGUUUGCAGCAGAAUACUUCAGUGCACAGUGACAACGCUGGAGUUCAAGAGGAAGCCAGCAAUUCUGCACCUUUGGCUUCAGACACCAUGGUUGUUUGCCAGUUGUAAACUUAACUAGUUGCAGACGAAGACCACCUUGACAUGCAGGCUUGUUUGGGCUUGUUUUGAAUUUUAACCUCGGAUGGAAGAGCCCUAGUGCUGUCUUGUCUCCAUGCGGGAUGAUGAUUGCUAGGCAACAGGUGAUUAUCAACCAAGGAUGCCACGGUUAUACUCUGCAAGGUGGUGUUCCAGUGGUAAACAGCCGUAUAAACUUGUAAACAGGAACUACUGACAAAACCUAUAGCUGACUUUUGGAUAUGACUUUAUUGCUCAGCAACUAAAAGAUGAGUUCUAAUUGCCAGACUCUGGUACUGGCAUUGUCUUCCUGUUUCUAUAGAAACUGGGUUGGAAGUCAGAGCUGCACAGAGGGAAAGGGUAAGUUUCUUUUAAUUCCAUAUUAUAAACCCCUAUCUUACCAGCUAUGGCCUGGUAUCAGUUUCCACAGUGGAGUGAGUGGUAAAGUAUUCUCAAAUAGGAACUACUAAUUUUUACUUGGAAGGAAACUGACAUCAAGUCAUUAAACAUAAUGAGGGUUUAAAUAUGGAUUUAUUUUUCUGGUGACUCUGACUUCACCUUUCUUAAAGGAAUGAACUCAGUAGAAUUAUCACUGUCAGUUUACUUUUUACUCAAGGGGGUCACCAUAUUGAUUUUUUUUUUUUAAUCCUACUCUGUUGGACUUUUCUGGUAAGUUAAGAGUGGCAUGUAGAAAACAUGUAUGGGGCAUCAUAGAAGUCUGCAUGGAUUAUGUUUCUUUGUAGAGUUCCAGUUCUUUUUUCCACUGUAAAACAAGUUCUGUUCUACUGACCAGUUCUUAGCCUCUUUUCUCUUUUAGCUAAAGGAUGAGUGUCUGUCUUGGGGCAUAUGCAUGUGUUAUCUAGGCUGGGAUCUAUCUGUAGAUCUUGAGACACCUGCCAAUUGGUGAGUCAUCCUAUUGCCAUGGCUUCAGAGGGCUUUACUAGACAGCAGUAGAAUUUAGACAUGAAGUUGGUUUACUUGAUAAUGCAAACUCUACAAUUUACAGGUUGGUACAUUUAAAUAACCUUAAAAUCUGACUAGCUUUGAGAUGGAAAGAAAGACAUUCUAAGCUCUCACUUUUAAAAAUAAAAGGGUAUAUUAUUACAUACUAAUAAACGAAGAAAGUGAUCUUUUCCCCACUAAAAGAACAUAAGUGUUAGUUGUACAGACCAAAGAGAAGUACAUCUUGGCUUUAUUUACAUCUAGAUCUGUCACUUGUAAAAGCAGUGUGCUGUAAAAGUUGGUUGAGUAUGGAGGCACAUGGCUAAUCCCAACAUUUGGAGGAAGAGGUUAGAGGAUUGUGAGAUUGAGACCAGAUCCUGUCUGGAAAAAAGAAGUUGGAAGUUUGUCAGUGUGAAAAGUAAACUUAUUAAACAUGUUCUGAAAUUGGGUUGUUGUUAAAAGUAUUAUAUGACUUUCAUUAGUUUCUGUUAUGCUAGCUGGAGCUUGUAUAAGGUACAGAAUUGAAUUUGUGAUUUUUAUUUCUUUUUUUUUUUAGGGGGAAGCAAGAGUGGGAAGAUGGCUAGAAAGUUUGGCAUACUCCUUGUUGUCAAACAUUCAGACACAUCUUUUGCUUAAGAAUAGUCAGAUUGUCCUAGAUAUAAAAUAAAUUCAGGAGCUCAUCAGGCUGGAGAGAUGGCUCAGUGGUUAAGAGCAUUUGCUAUUCUUCCGGAGGAUCCAGGUUCCAUUCUCAGCACCCACAUGGCAGCUCAACCAUUUGUAACUCUAGUCCUAAGGGAUCUGUGGCCCACUUCUGGCCUCCAUGGGCACUGUGUACAUUUGGUCAACAGACAUACAUGUAGGCAGAACACUCAUAGACAUAAAAAUAAAAUCUUUAAAAGUCUAAGAAACCCUCUUCUGACCAGCCCAGACAAUCACUCUAAUCCAAGUUCAGUCUCUACAUCCCUAAAAAGUUCUCACUAAAGUUUAGAGGUUUGUAAUAGAGCUUUUGGGUGUUUUUAUGUUUUAGACAAGGUCUUGCUAUAAAAUCUAGGCUAGUCUCAAGCUGGGCGAUGGUGGUGCACGCCUUUAAUCCCAGCACUCGGGAGGCAGAGGCAGGCGGAUCUCUGGGAAUUCGAGGCCAGCCUGGUCUACAAGAGCUAGUUCCAGGACAGGCACCAAAGCUACAGAGAAACCUUGUCUCGAAAAACCAAAAAAGAAAAAAGAAAAAGAAAAGGAAAAAAAAAAAAAAAACUAAGCUAGUCUCAAGUUGUUGACGGUCGUGCCUCGUCCUUCUGAAUGCUGAGGUUGUGGGCAAUGUUGUCACUGCUUUGUUUUGUACCGAAACAUUCCAUAGUACAAUAGCUUCUGCCAGAAAGGAUCAAUGUAUGGGAGUCUUAUUGUGUAGUACUUAGGCUGUCCUGAAACUCAGGAAGAGCCUACAGUGUCAGAUUAUAGCAAUUCCAGGUACUACUGUAUGUUUGUCUUUCUGCUUUAUUUUGUUUUUACUUUCUGUGUGUUUGUAUUUGUUUAUUUUUGCUGUUGUUUUUUGACUUCAUGUAUUUCUGUUUACCACAUGUAUGUCUGAUGCCUAAGGAAGCCAGAAAGAUGGCAUCAGCAUGGUAAUUUUUCGUUGUUUUUAAGAACACAAGUGCUAAAUGUAAGUCAUCCUGAAUUGAAUAUUUUGGUAAAGUGAAUUUAGCCUGUAGCUCAAGGGCAUUUGCCACUGGGAGACUAGAAAAUUAUUAAAGCUGUUCAUUUAUUCACUUGUCAUCUUCUGGAAGCUGCAUUGUUGUUACACUAUAGCAGGUAAUAUCUAAUGGUUGUGGUUUUAAUUUUAGGGAGUGGGUUUAUUCUUAGUAUAGUUUUAGGUCAACUUUGACCUAAAACAAAUUUAUAGCUGUUUCAAUAAAGCUACUCUUUAUAAUUUGUUGGUGCUUGCCAAGAAGUAAAGGUAACAAACAUAAAGGAAAAAUGGGGAGGUUUUGUGUUGAUUGUUUGAGCUGUGACUUCACUAUUUACUGAAUAUUGUGUUUCUUUGAUUUUUUUUUUUUUAAAUACUCAUUUGGAAAAUGGGCACUACAGAUAAAGCCUCUGAAGGUUGUGUGAAGAUUAAGAUCAGGCUAGGCAGCUGGGUGGUCAGUAGUGCAGCCUUUAAUCCCAGCAAGUGGAUCUCUGAGUUCAAGGUCAACCUGGUCUUUUGAGUAAUUUCCUGGUCAGUCAGGGCUGCACAAAGAAACCCUGUCCUCUUCCCCCAUCCCAGCCCACCUCUCUAAAAAAGAUGAGGCUAGGCAUGGUGGCACAUGCCUGUAGUCCCAGGUUCAGAAGUUCAGGGUCAUCCUCAGCUACUAGAGUUGCUUCAGGCUGGCCUGAGUUGUAUGAGACCCUGUCACAAAAGACCAUAUAAAUACCUAAGUAUAUGAAAUUAGAUACUUUAUACAAAAGUGCACAGCUAGUUGAAAACUGGUGCAUGUCUGUAAUUCCAGCUACGCAGAAGGCUGAGGCAAAAAUGAAGGCUGCAUGGGCUACAUAGAGAAUUUUAGACCAAGGUGGACAAUUUCAUGAGAACCUGUCUGAAAAUUUAGAAAAAAGUACACACAGUUAUGUUAUUAGAUGUCGACAUACUGAGUUUCUCCUGUACCCAUACGUGCUAUCUAAUUUUGUGUGUGUAUGUGCCUCAUAGGGAUCUCUUGAGGAAAAGGGGAAAUAGUGAAUGUUGUGCUUUUCUUAAAGGGCAUAUGUAUUGGGCCUGAUCAUCCUGUGUUACAGGUUUCUGGAAAGUAGUUAUGUGACAUCAUAUUGUCAAUUAAAACGAUAGUACAGUGAAGAAGUAGAAAUAUAGUAGAAGGGUAUUGUUUGUACAAUCUACAUAUUAGUUGUAGAAGUCUUUAGCUUUCUAAUUCUGGAGAUUUAAACUUGCCUUUUUUUCUUUCUUUGUACUUUGAAACAUUAAACAGUAUGACCUUUAACUUGUGACCCUCCUGCUCCCUGCCUCUAUUUUUUGGGUUCUGAGAGUCCAGGUGUGUGCAAGUUCCUUGAAUGAGAUUCAGCCUUUCUCAAUUCGUAUUUUGAGGGCCUUAUUGCUUAGUAGGAUGGAGAACUUGUUGUAUAAGAUUGAUAAAUUCCUUCUAAGUUAAGUUAAUUUGGAAUUCUUUAUUUAAUCUUACAGUUUGCUUUGAUAGGAAAGGUCUAGGUUGUUGAAAUCUUUUGAAAAUAAUUGCUCCUCAAAAUGGAAAGGGAAAUUUAGAGCAGUUCCUAUUAGUUUUAUCCUUUUGACUUAGAAGACAGAAGAAAAGCAUAAAAUUUAGUUGCUGUUUAUGAAGGAUAUUUUGCUCAGAAAGUAUAUUUUCAUUUAAUCUUCACAGUGAUCUAUGAAGUAGGUAGGUGGUGAUAUCCUCAUUUUAUAGAGGAGAAAGUUGGGUUUCAGUUCUUGAGCAACUUAGGAGGUCAUUUGGCAGCAAAUGAAAGAGCUUAGAUUUAUUAGUUUGCUGUUUGUGUGAGGGAGUCAUGUUUUUAAAGACUUUUAUGUGUAUGGGUGUUUUGAAUACAUGUGUCUAUGUACCUUGUGUGUUCCUGGUGCCCAGGGAGGCCAAAAAAGGGUGUAGCAUCCCCUGUAUUUGGAGCUAGAGACUGUAUAUAAGCCACUAUGUGUUAUAGAUAUUGGAACCUGGACUGCUUGGAAGAUCAGCAAAUGCUCUUAACUGCUGAGCCGUCUCUCUGGCCUGAUAUUCUUAUUUUUAUUUAUGUUUUAUAUUUAAGUGUAAAACCCUGUAGCUGGUUAUGGUAAUACAAACUUGUAAUUCUAGGGAGUUAAAGCAGGAUUGUAGAUUUAGGGCCAGCCUGACCCUUUUUAAAAUAAAUAGGUGUCUUAUUUAAAUAGGUCUUAUUUAAAACCUACCUUUUAAAUAAGAGCAACUUACUGUCUUUGAGAUAGCUGAGAUUUCAGAUUUAUUUGGUUACAAAGUUUAUAACAGGCCUUGGAAACAUCUUGUUGAUAUUACAAACUAGAGAAAAUUGAAAUGUGAGCUCAUAGAGUCCUCAGUUUAAAGCUAGACAGAGCUGGAGAUGGAUCUUAGUGGUGGUGUGCUUGCCUGUGCUGCCAAGGGCUCAGUCUCUAGCGCUGUAAAAGAAGUUAGGGGAAAUUCCACAAGCUGGGAAAGUUGUUCCAUCUGAGUAUUGAGUGAGCCAGAUUGUAAGUAAGUGGUAUGAGUAAACCUGGUCAGAGAAGGCAAACUUCUGGAAUUAUAGCCGAUGGCAAAGUUUGCACAAAGGCUAAUUUGAAAAGUAUCAAGGUGUGGAACCAAAUUUAAACUUCAGUUUAGGGUUUUUCUUUAUUAAGGAAUCAGUAGAUGUUUGAAAGCAGAGAAGAGUGAAGGGUGGAAUAAUAAUAGUUGGAACAUUCUGAAAGAUGUUAAGGGAUUUGUAUUGCAGAAAAUGGUUUUUAUUUUGGACACAGUUUAUAAUGCGUAGCCCACACUGGACUCCAAACUCAAUUGUUCUCACUUUAGUUUUCUGACUGCUGGGACUUCUGGUAUAUGCCACCAUUCCCUGCUUAGAAAACUCCUUUUUAUCCUUUAAAGAUCACCCAAACAGCCAAGAGCUCAUUAUUCACAAGCAAGAACCAUUCAUUACUAAUUAGCUAUAAAUGACCCACACCUUUUGAACAAACAUAGUUCCUCUUAAAGCCUCCUUUUCAACUUCCAUAUGGAACUUACAGCUCUGAAGAAUCAUCUAGAUGCUUUAUAUAAAUAUUUUAGAUAAUUAAAUGUAGUGAAAAGAUAAUACUGUUUAGAUGGGCAGUAAUACCUUUCAAAUGAUUUUCAAAUCAAGAUUAUUUUAUCAAAUUUUAUUUCACUAGGAAGUUAAGAGACAAAAUAAUUUAAGAUUACUUCUAAUCAAUAAACAACAAUACAUUAUUUUUGGAGGGGAUAUACCAUUAUUGUCACUAUGAAAGGCUUUAUUCGGAUUCUAGAGCUCUAGUCAACCAAUUACUAUAUUAAAAAAAAUAGUUUACCUUUGUCACAUUUUGGUGACAGAAUUACCAUAGCACAAAUGAAAGUUUGUAUUUAUUAUAGGUACAUUCUGAUUUUCAUUUAAUAGGUCAGAUAGCUGCUUCAACUGAUUCAGUUUUUAGCCUGUUUGAUUAAGUUCCAACAAUUGGACAUUUCUAGCAGUGCUAAUAAAGCAAGAAGGAAUCUUAAAAAAAAUGAGCUUACUUUCUCAUUUUUACAAAGAUUUGUUCUACGCUUUUGUUUCCAGUGGCUUGUUUGGAUUUUCUUUCGUUAAGCUCUCACUUGAUUGUAGUCCUUCGAAGGUCAGGCUGUUUGUUGGCUUUUCCAUUGUUCAGCCAGUGGUACAAAGAAAAGGGAGACUGAAGAGAGGAGAUAGCAGGUGCCGGAGAAGUAGAAAGAGCCUGUGUAUGUCUGUGUAGAGUCAUAUAUCCAGCCUGUAAGGAAGGAGUGGUUUCUGUUAAUGAAGUGAACUUUUCUGUUUGUAAUUCUCAAGCAACUCUUAGACUUUGAAGAAAGAGGCCUCAUCUUCCCAGUCUGUAUUGUGAGCCACUGGAUUUAAUACAGCUUCUCGCUUGUCUUAGUUGAAACUUUAUCACUUUCAUCUAAGUAGAAACUUGCAUCAUUAAAAAAGUCAUUGUGGACUCAGAAACAUGUCUUAGGGUGGAGAUUGGAGAAAAUUAGCACUUCAUUUUAUGAUACUCUUACAAGAAGACUAUUGUUUUCUAACAAGAAAGUAAUCAGAACUUUCCUUUACUGAGCUAAUAUUUGAGUAUUUACCAUGUUCCUGAAAACAGGCUAUGCAUCAAGAACAGUACUGAGCCAAAUAAACAUGGUCCCUGCACUAAUAAAAGUUUACAGUUUAGUGGGAAAAUAGGUAUUAACCAUUUUAACUAUGUAUCUGGUAACUUCUAUGAAGGGAAGGCUUGGGGGUUAUGAUAUCACAUGAGAAGGAACUUUUUGAUAAAUGUGCUGAAGGAAUUUUUCUAAAAUCUAAAUAGUCCAUGUGAGAGCACACACAUGUGUAGACAUUGGAUCAAGGUCCUGAUGCAUGGUAGGCCAUUGAGCUGCAUUCCUAACUGAAUGCUCUUUAAGAAUGGAAAAAGCCUUGCAGUCUUCUCAUCAAUGGCACAUACUAGAACUUAAGUAAAACAUCUUAAAAAUAAUAGCAAGAAGUGAACAUUUAAAUGUCCAUAUAAAAGUCUGUAAUGUAAUGGUGGUGGCACACUCCUUUAAUCCCAGCACUCAGAAGGUAGAGCUAGGUAGAUCUUUUUGAGUUCUAGGCCAGCCUGCUCUACAGAGUGACUUCCAGGAUGAAUGAAUGAAUGAAAUUUAUGUCCUGGCAAUGCUGAAGCAUGCAUGUGCAGUCCAUAUAUGGUGGUUCUUUUGAACUUGUCCAUAUUGGGUUUCAUGAGGACUCUUCCUCAUAAGGGCACCAGAUCUCUUUACAGAUGGUUGUGAGCCCACCAUGUGGUUGCUGGGAAUUGAACUCAAGACCUUUGGAAGAGCUGGCCUCUUAACUGCUGAGCCAUCUUUCCAGUCACGAUCUUUGUGUUAUAUGCCUGUGUGGUUCUGGGUUAAGAGAUGAUAAACUGAUGGAGAGAGAGGUAGGAAUACUUAGUGCUUAUGUGUGUUGGCUGUUCUGCCUGCCCCCGACUCAUUUGGUUAAUUGUUUAUUGCCUUUUCUUCAUUCUCUUAUUUUAGCUCUGACGGGGUUUGGGGUUUUUGUUAUUUGGUUCUGGGGAUUGAACCCAAAGCUUCAUGUACAUACAUGCUAAGUAUGUGCUCUACUGCUGAGCUACACUCCCAGUCCCUUUUGUUUUGAUAAUUUGAAUUUCCUAUUUUUAAUGUAAUGUAUAAAUGGAGUAUUUUAUAGCCUUUUAAAUUCAGCUAACUUUAAGGAGUUUAUUGAUUCCUUACUUGAUUCUCUCAUUUAAAUGUUUCUUGGGGGUAAGUUGAGGGAGUGGAGUGAGGUCAGCUUGGAUGAGUCUUUGUAUUCUAUGGAUGUGACUGACCUCUGACUUUCUAAAAAAAUAGGUGACUAACCUGAGCUAUGGAGUUUUCUAGAAAGGAGGGAAAAUGGAACAGCAACCCCUCCUCUUAUGCAUAUAUGUGUGUGUGUGUGUGUGUGUGUGUGUGUGUGUGUGUGUGUGUGUGUGUGUGUGUUUACUGUGAAUUUCUGAAUGGGUACCAAAUGUUAGCAUUAUAGGAAAAAGCUAGGAGUUCUUGAUAGUAAUGUAAAUAGUGCUAGUAACUACCAGGAGAGCAAAGGUGAAAAUGGGUUCAAGAGAGUUGUUUAUAACUUUUUGCAUUUCACACACCUUUUAAAGAGAAUGUUAUGUCUGAAACAUUAAGGUAUUAAAAUAUAUUUAUAAUUGAGAAGGGGAUCAUUUGGCAUAUUUCAAGCUGGAUGAUGUUCUAUUUAUACUUGGUAAUUGAGAUACCAGUAUCUUUAAAAUUCUAGUUGAAAUCCAGAGCCAAAUAUAUAACCCUUAAUUUUUAAUGAUGGGACAAAGGUUCACUACUCCAAGUAGAUGUUUUAAGACCUAUCAAGCUUGAAUUUUUAACUCACCUAAAAGCCACUUAAAUGUAAGCUUGUUUAUUGUGACUAAUCAGGAUUGAUCUUAUCCAGGAUACCUAAUAUCAGAAGUAUUUUAACAUAUGUAUAAUAAGCUAUCUUAGGCUUGGGACCCAAGUCUAAACAGAAAACUCACUUGUUUCGUGUAUACUUUAUAUACAUAGCCUGAAGAUAAUUUUUAAAAUUUACUCAUUUUAUAUAUAUGUAUUUUACCUGCAUUCAUGUAUGUAUGUUUAUGCACCAUAUAUGUGCUUGGUGCCUUAGAGGACAUUGGAUCCCAUGGAAGUGAGUUAUGGAUGGUUGUGAGCUGCCAUGUAGAUGCUGGGAACUGAACCUUGGCCUUAACUGCUAAGCUAUCUCUCCAUCCCCCCUGAAGAUAAUGUUAUAUAAUACUUUUACUAUUUUUGUACAUGAACUUAUGGUAGGAAAUUUUACCAUUGUGACAUCAUGUCACUACCCUCAAAUAUUUAUUGUUUUGAAUUUAAAGAUGUUUAACUAACACACUUUGUAUGUGGUUUUAUGAAUUAUGAAAAAGGGAAUAUAUUGUUCUAAGAGGUAUUCAUUACUAUGUCUUUCAGAAUUUGAUUGUCGAACUGAGUUAGGAAUUAUAUUAAGAGUUAGAAGCCAGCCUGGUCUACAAAGCAAGUUCCAGGAUAGCCAGAAACCCUGUCUCAAAAAACAACAAAAUACCUGCUAGGGGCUGCUAGAUGGCUUAACAGAUAAUAAAAUGGUUCUUGCUACAAAUCCCCAUGGCCUGAAUUCCAUCUCUGGAACUCAUGAUGGAAGAAGAGAACUGACCCCCACAGGUUGUCUUCUGUCCUCCACACAUACAUUAUGGCAUGUGCAUGAACACACACAAACUCACACAGUGAGUGCUCAAAAAGAAAGAAAAAAAACAUCUGUUAGGCUGGCUGCUACGUUUCCACUUAUCAUCAUCGUGUUAGGAUUUGAAGUAGACCCUGGAAGCCCUUGAUCCCAGAGUUCCUUGAUGGUCCUUCAACUGUGAGGUUGAGAAUUCUGAGACUGAACUUUUCUCUGUUGGGUAGGAGGUAUAGUGACAAACUUCAAAGGUGUAUGGACAUACUGAUUUUAUUUUAUUUCAUUUCUUUAUGUUGAGAUGUGGAUCUCACCAGGUAGCCCUGGAUGGCCUAGACUUGUAGGCUGUGUAGACCAGGAUAGCCUCAGACUUACAAAGAUCUGUCUGCUUCUGCCUUUCAAGUACUGGAAUUAAAGGUAUGUGCCACCUUGCCUGGACAGGCCCUGAUCCUUUUGCUUCUCAAGGACACUGGUUGGGUACUGCAGUUUUACUCUUACUUUGGUUGUGUUGUAAAAUAUUUAUGUGUUCUAUAUGUGUCAUGAUAUGAAUAAAUCUUGGGAAACAUGGGUUAGCAAAUUCAAGCCUUGUAAGGUUGGAACUCACUAAAGGCCCCAGGAUAGAAAUUUGCCAGAAGAUUUAUCAGGAUACUUAAGCAUUGGCUCUCUGUGCUCUGUUUUAUUAGAGGAUUAGCAUCUGGACACCCAGUCUUUGCAAGGGCAGAAUGAUAAUUUUCUCCUCUUAAACCACAAUAGAGCUAUUUGGAAUUUAUUACUGAUGUUUUCAUAGAUAUUCUGAGUCAGAGUAAAGCUGGGUGUGGGGUUGGUUUUGACAUAAAUUAACCACCUAAUAAUGAACAGUUUACUUAUUUUCUUAAUGUUAAUAUAUUCCUGUUUAUUUAUACAGACAGGGAACUUUGCUGUUUUCUCACUUGUCUUCCACUCACCCCAGUCUUCACGGAUCUAUAACAGACCAAAAGAUUGAGCUAUUUUGUUUUCUUCAAAUAAAUUCUUAAGCCACAGAGAACUUCUCUGUUAAUAGGCAUGAAGAAACUUUAAAGGUUAAUUUGGUAAAUGGUGGAGCAAGGAUAGAAGUUUUGUUCAGUAUUGUACUUGAUGAUAGACUGGAAGUAGGGAUUAACCUGUCCGUUCAUGACAUAGCUUAUUUGUUAGAGAGGCAGAGACUUCCUUGGAUGGAUUGAUUUUAUAUUUUAUCCAUUUUCUUUUCCUAUAAUACACGGAGCUAGAAAAGAUAACCAGUUACCCUGUUAUUUCUAAUUUACAAGGUUGAAAUACCUGAGAGGGGACAGGAUUAGAACUUUUUCAAGCAGGGCAUGGUAUACUUGCCUUUAAUCUCUGCACUUGAAAGCUAGGAGAAUCUGGAGUUCAAGGUCACUCUGUACCAUAUUGCAAGUUCUAAGCAGCCUGUACUAUACAGAGAGAUCCUGUCUUAGAAAAUCAAAAAGAUUAAUAAAUAUUUAAAAGUUUCCUUAGAGGGUCUUGAGAGAGUGAAGAGUCUUAUGUACUGAGUUUCAGCAAACUAAAGUUGCUUAGUGGUUACUGCAUGAAUAUAAGAAAUCGUCACACUAAUUUAAAAGUUUAGGAGAGUUUUUAAGAUAUUUGUGCUUGAUUUAAGUAUUUAUAUGUAUGUGCAUAAUGUAUUUGUUUAUUGGGAGUGGGGAAUAGUGGGAGAAGGGAGGAUGAUAUUCGGUUUUAUUAUUUUGUAGGUAGUUAAUCAAGCCUUCUAAUUUUAAAUUUUAAUUUCGAGCUCAUGUCGAAUGUUUUGUAGUCACGAUUAGGAAUCUUAGGUAAUAUGGUUAAUGUCUGAGUUAUGUUUGAGAAUAUGAUUAUACUUUUCAGCUUAAGUUGUUAUCUGUAAUAUUGUAUCAUUUGUUUUUUAACAAGGGUCUGCUAGAAAUAUAACAAAGUUUCAAAUACUGUGUUUUCCCACAAGCUGCAAUCUUGGUGCUAAGGUGGAAUCCUGGAGGCUCUCUAUCAGCAAGACACUGACAGGUUUGGGUGUGCCUUGUCAUCUAGAGUUUGCUAACCACCCUCAGCCAGGGAACUGAGUGUGAUUCGGGCCAUAUUCUUAAAUAAAGUUGGAUUUGUUACUAGUUACUGGAAAAGGAUAGAAGGAAUCUGGCUGUAGUGGGCAGGAGUAGUGUUCUGUGGAGGAGUUCAGGAGGAUAUGUUUUUGGCUUUUUGGCCUUAAUUUUUGUCCUAUGUUAAGGAAUUGUGUUGCUGUUACAUUUUUCAUAUUCAUGAUGAUAAAGGUAUAUAAAUAAUUUUGUUUCCCAUGUGUUCUAUUUAUAGAUUUUUUUUUAAAUUGUGUAUUUUUAAAAAAAAGUUACAUGGGUUCUAUAAGCUUUCUAUGUUUUUAUCUUUGCUAGAAUUAUUAAAAUGUUGUAUAGAACUAAUGUUUUUUUCUUUUUCAUUCCCAUACAGGAAGGAGAAGUUUAUUGUUUAUGUAUUCACUGUUACCAAUUUAAAACAAACAUUUUGUCUGAGGAUUCACUGUUUGCCAGAUUCCUACUUAAACAUGCAUAUAUAUAUACUCUUUUAUAGGAAUUUCAGCUUUUCAUUUGAUAUUAGAUGUGGGUAAGUAAAAAUGAGACUUCUACAGCUCUGAAGAUUACCAGUAAAGGUUUAGAGUUAACGGUGAACACAGUCAUGUCAUUUCCCACACCUCUUAGUAGUCAGGUACUGAUCUGGAUUUCAAGUACUAGUAAUUGACCCUAAGGCCUCACACAUGUUAGGCAAGUAGUCUAUCACUGAGCUACCUCUCCAUUCCAGAGAACUGAGUUACUUUGAAAACAAUCAUUGUAGUGUGUGGUUUUUUGUUUUUUGGUUGCUACUAAAGUCAGAACUUGGGAAGAGAUCUAAUGGUCUUUAUAAAGUCCAUUUUAUGAUAAAGUCAUCUUUAUCAUUUCAUAGAGGAAUGACUUAAAGAAACAAGACUUGCUUCCAUGAAACUUCUCCUUUUAACAAGGUGUUUAGCCACAUAACAUCAUUAGCAAUGGGACAUUCUUAGUUUAGUGUCUUAUAAUCUUGAGAUACCAAGAGCAACUUUGAGAUAAAAUCUAUGUGAGCUUUUAGCAAUAGCCUGAUUACCACCCGUAACUUGUUAGAACAUUCUGCUGCCCGUUUCCUAGGACUAGUGGAUACAGGUAUCUUUCAGGAACUCUAUGUUUAUCUUUACAUAUAGUUCUAAGUAUUCUAGACUUUGAGUAAGAAAAGGCUAUAAACAUUUUUUUCUGACUGAUGAAAAACAAAUAUUUUAUAAUGCAUUAGGUGUGCUCAUGAAAUAAAAGUUUCACAAUAAAGUGAUUCUGUUUUCUAAUUUA